UCGGAUCGAUUGCUUUGGUCUGCCGAUCGAUUUUGUUGACGUGGAAACGGUCGCGAGCGAGGUAAUAAAAACCUGCAGAAAUACACGACCUAUAGUCCGUAGAGCGGCGCUCCGACAGCCGAACCAUCAUGCUGGACUUCGCCAUCUUCGCCGUCACGUUUGUCGUCAUUUUAGUGGGCGCUGUUCUGUAUUUAUACCCGUCGUCAAGGAGAGCCUCAGGAGUUCCGGGUCUCUUCCCAACAGAUGAGAAGGAUGGGAACCUGCAGGACAUCGUGGGCAGAGGCAGCCUCCAUGAGUUCCUCGUCAGUCUGCAUGAGCAGUUCGGUCCGGUGGCCUCGUUCUGGUUCGGCCGCCAGCCGGUGGUCAGCCUGGGCUCGGUGGACCCGCUCCGGCAACACAUCAACCCCAACCACACCACUGACUCCUUUGAGACAAUGCUGAAGUCGUUGCUAGGCUACCAGGCAGGGGCGGGAGGUGGGGCCAACGAGUCAGUGAUGAGGAAGAAGCUGUACGAGAGCGCCAUCAACAACGCCGUGAAGAACAGCUUCCCUGCGGUGCUGAAGGUGGCGGAGGAGCUGGUGGAUAAGUGGAGCUCCGUCCCGGAGGAUCAGCACAUCCCGCUGUGCGCUCACCUGCUGGGCCUGGCCCUGAAGACCGUCACGCAGCUGGCGCUGGGCGAACGGUUCAAAGACGACGCCGAGGUCAUUUCGUUCCGCAAGAACCACGAAGCGAUCUGGUCGGAGAUCGGGAAAGGCUACAUGGACGGCUCCUUGGAGAAGAGCUCCAGUAGAAAGCGACACUACGAGAGCGCGCUGUCAGACAUGGAGGCCACGCUGCUGGCGGUGGCGAAGGACAGGAAAGCGCAGCGGAGGCAGACGGCGUUCGUGGACGCUCUGCUUCAGUCCGGCCUCACGGAGCGGCAGAUCAUGGAGGACUGCAUGGUCUUCACGCUGGCUGGAUGCGUCAUCACAGCCAACCUGUGCAUCUGGGCGCUCCACUUCUUGUCGACCGCAGAGGAUGUCCAGGAGAAACUGUGCCAGGAGGUGGAGGACUUGUUUGGUUCCGACCCGGUUUCCCUAGACCGGAUCCCGCAGCUGAAAUACUGCCAGCAGGUCCUCAACGAGACGGUGAGGACCGCCAAGCUGACGCCCGUCGCCGCUCGCCUCCAGGAAGUGGAGGGGAAAGUGGGUCAACACGUCAUCCCCAAAGAGACGCUGGUGAUCUACGCUCUUGGCGUGGUCCUGCAGGACGCUGACACCUGGAGCACCCCUUACAGGUUCGAUCCCGACCGAUUCCAGGACGAGUCGGCUAGGAAGAGCUUCUGCCUCCUCGGCUUCUCUGGGAGCCAAACGUGUCCGGAGCUCAGGUUCGCCUACACAGUCGCUACAGUUCUGCUCGCCACCUUGGUGAGGCGGCUCAAGCUCCGACCACUGAAGGGACAGGCACCCGAGGUCCGGUCUGAGCUGGUGUCCACACCCAAAGAGGAAACCUGGAUCACGGUGAGCAGCAGGAGGGGCUGAGAGCUCCAGGAACAAACUCCAGUCGAAGAGAAACCAGAAAGUAUUAGAGGUUAGGCUCCUCCCCCUCCUCUCGACGAAGAUCUCAUCUUCAGAUCAGUGCCUUUCUAAGCCCUCACCGCCAUCCUUAUACCAUCUCUGCACCUCGACUGUCCUCAGACUUCUAGGUCUUUGUGAGUCAUAGAGGAUCUAGAAGAUUCCAACACUCUUUUUAAAAAGCUCUUGAAUGAUAAAAAUGUUCCAAAACAUUUAUUGUUCUGCUUUACCCAUGAACAAAUGGAGCUAACAAUUAGCUCACUGUAAAAACAAAUAAAACUUUUUUUGAAUA